AUUAUUGUUGAUGAUGAUGACAGUAAGGUGUGGUCGCUGUAUGAUGCAGGUCCAAAGAGCAUCAGGUGUCCCAUUAUCUUCCUUCCUCCUGUCAGUGGGACAGCAGAGGUGUUCUUCCAGCAGCUAUUGGCUCUGACAGGCUGGGGCUACAGAGUCAUCUCGAAUGUGUGGAGCAUUAAAGAAGGCACAAUCUAUUGAUGGACCUUCAGUUAUUGGAAUCAGCAAGACUGCAUGACCUGCCUUCUCAGCUGCAGUAUCCUGUCUAUUGGGAUCUCAUGGAGUUCUGUGACGGCUUCAGGAGGCUUCUGGAUCACCUGCAGCUUGAUAAAGUCCAUCUUUUCGGGGCGUCCCUAGGAGGAUUCUUGGCUCAGAAGUUUGCAGAGUGCACACACAAGUCUCCCCGAGUUCACUCACUGAUCCUGUGUAAUUCAUUCAGCGACACCUCCAUCUUUAACCAGAUGUGGACAGCUAACAGCUUUUGGUUGAUGCCAGCUUUCAUGUUGAAGAAGAUUGUGCUGGGGAAUUUUGCAAAAGGACCUGUGGAUCCUAAAAUGGCAGAUGCAAUUGACUUCAUGGUUGACAGGUUGGAGAGUCUGAACCAAAGUGAGUUAGCAUCACGGCUAACACUCAACUGUCAAAACUCUUAUGUGGAACCUCACAAAAUAAAAGAAGUUGCUGUUACCAUUAUAGAUGUGUUCGAUCAGAGUGCUCUGUCUCUUGAGGCCAAGGAGGAGAUGUAUAAACUGUAUCCCAAUGCAAGACGAGCUCAUCUGAAAACAGGAGGAAACUUCCCGUACCUGUGUAGGAGUGCAGAGGUCAACCUCUACAUACAGAUUCACCUUCGUCAGUUCCACGGAACAAGAUAUGCUGCUAUCAAUCAUGACAUGGUGAGCGCUGAGGAGCUGGAGGUGCAGAAGAGUCACCUGAGCAGUAACCAAGACUCUGAAGAUGUCCAAUGAGACCUUUAGGAUGUUUUUUUCCUUAUAAAUAUUUCCAGCAAUUUCUCUCUCAAUGCACAGAUUGUUCUCCAGUUUUUUUUACAGAACUCAAUAUUUAACCAUCAAGUCAACUGAAAUAUUUUUAUUUCACAGAUGAAGCAUAUUUUGAUAAUGAGUACUUGCCUUAUGUGGACUUACACUUGUUGUAUUCAUAUAUUUCCUGAACUGGUUUGUGUGUAAAAUACAUAUUGUGGUUAACAGUGCCAGCAGUGAAACGGUUUAACAGGAAAAUUAAACACAUUUAAAAUGCAGAUAUGUAUAUCCGAAAUCUCUGUUUAAAUCAGUGACACAAAUUGUUCCCAUUCAUUUUGCACCUUAACAGUAAAAAUCAGA